GUCGAGCACAGUGGUUCAGGAGUCUGACGGCAGUGGGAAAGAAGCUGUUCCUGAGUCUGGAUGUCUGGGUUUUCCAGCUUCUGUAUCUUCUCCCGGAGUGACUCUCAGGUCGUUGCCCAGCAACAGGGGUUCUCCACGGUAACAGCUGGAAACAAACCCGGCAACCAGGUUGUGAAGAUCCAGGAGCCCCGUCAGUCGGAACCGGUCACAGGCGUCCAGGACGGCAACAGGGGCCGAGGAGUGUUGGUGAUGCUCUGAGGUUGGGAAUGCUGCACAGGAGGCCCUUCCCUGUUCUGGUCCAUUACUGAGGAAUCACCAUGGCCAGCUGCAGAGCAGAUGGAGGCCAACAGAAGGUGGAACAGAUCCCGCUGGGGAACGUCAUGGAACCCCCUUCCUCACCAGAGAUGCACCCACAGUGUCACAAGUCCAGCCCACAGCCGGCAGACGGGGAGAUUGGAGGGGAGACACCCUGUGAUACCUACCAACAUCUUCACAACCCCGACACGUCGGCCAGUGAUCAGACUAAUCUCCUGGCCCUGGUUUGCCAGGAAAGGUUGCCCUCACUCAGCAGAGCACUGGAUUGGAAGCGGGAGCAGGUGAAGAGGCUGAAGAAACUGCUGGCAGAGGGGGAGGCCGAGCUCCUGCCAGCUCGUUCCCCGGUGAUGCAGCCUUCUGCCCAGACGGCAUUGGUGUGGCGUGAGGUGCAAGCUGCGAAGACCAGGCUUGUGGAGCUGCAGACAAUGUAUGAGGAAGAGGCCGCCCUGAACGCCCAACUCCACGAGGACAUCCAACAGCUGACACAGAGACUAGAGGGGCAGGAAGCACGGCACACCCAGGACUUGUACUCCAUGGGCGAGAGAAUUGACAGGAUGAGGCUUGGAGUCCAGCUGCUUGAGGAACACCCGGGAACAGAGGGUGCCAAGGCAGCUUUGGAAAUUAUUUGUGAGGGCUUGAGGGAGAAGGUGGAAUUUGAAAAGAGGUUGUUUCAGGAGAACAUCACACAUGCCUACAAUCAAAGGCUGGUCACACUGAAGGCUCUGUGUACGAGCGACAGGCUGCUGGUGGAGCAGGCACGUUCCCAGCGGCAGCAGCUGCAGCGGUGCUGUGAGGUGCUCAGCGACCACGCCGACGCCCUGCGGCAUAAGGUGCAGUGUGAGGAGGCGCAGUGUCAGACGUUGGCGGAAACCUUUCACCAGGAACACAACUACAAUCAACACUGGGUCCGAGCCCUGGAGCAAAGGUGUCAGGGCUUGUGGCAGUGUCUGUGUGAGCGGGAGCCAGGACAGGACGUGUCGGUGGAGAUCUACCCCAGCUCCCAGGCCAAGGAGACAGAGACGGAAUAUGCUGCCGUGGAGAGCAGGCUGGCCGGAGAGCAUUGGGUCCAGAACCGAGGGGCUUCCAGGGACAGGAGACCCCACUGUGCAGAGGGGGAGAGUGAAGGGACUCCGGGCAGAAGUGGCCUAGACGCUGGGAGAGGAUUGUUGGACCCUGCACCCUCGGCUACAGAGUCAGUAAUCCCUCAGGAUUUAGCGGCAGAGGAGAAACAAAUUGCUGCGCGUCCGACGGGGAUGGAACACCAAACCCUGUCCAGGAAGGCCUCUGGUGUGAGGAUCCAACAGGUGGAUCGCAGAGGGCGCUUCGUGCAGCUCUACAACCCUUCUCCUCUGGAGCCCGUGGAUCUGGGCGGCUGCCUCCUUCAGCAGAGUGUGGGCGUACACCCCGUCUCGCUGUACCGCUUCCCCAGGAACACCAGGCUCCCACCACAGGACCACCUCAGGGUGUGGGCAGCUGUUCCUGACCGCGCCGACAAGCGCGCAGCUGACACUGUGUGGAACGGGCUGUGCAGGUUCCGGAGCGGAGCGGACUGUACCACCACCCUGUGCCGAUGGAACGGACAGGAGCUUGCUCAGUACGUCCCAUCGCAUCGGUUCUUGGCAGCCGCAGACUACUAUGCUGAGAGCGACGAUGUCUCGGAAGUUUGGGUCCCUCCUGCACAGAGUACACAAUGGACGUCAUCAACCACCUCCUCACAGAGACAGAACCUGAGGGAGGACAAGAGGGACUCAGGCCCUGCAGCAACCAGCACUGACCUCUCGGGGGACAGAAGUGACUCUGCUCGGAUCCCCACUGAAGGUGAACGUCCUGAAUCCAACACCUCCAGCCUUUCGGAAUGGAGCUGCUUGUGGUCCCAAAGCUCGGCAGAUUCCGACAUCAGGAACUACGUCCAGUCCAGCCUUAGAUCGCUGCCGCCAGACUCCUUACCAGCCCUGGUCACCCCCGCCUCCCCCAGUCCACGGGCAAUGGCCCCGACAUCCCGACCAUCGUGGGACCUGGAGGGACCAACCUCAGCCGCCUGUGCGCUGCAGUUGGAGAGGAUCCGCUCACUGACGGGACGGAUGACACAACGGAACGCGUACCCGAGGUUUGGGCUGCGCUUUAUGAGCUACCCGCUCAUCACCACCGACUCCCAGCUUCACAGGAGAUAGGGCAGUGCCCGGGCGCCACAGGGAGCCCCUCCGUCUGCUGCAUCCUGCCGGGAGAUUCACACUGAGAGAUGGUGCCAGAACGUGGUGACUCGUAGCGAGCUGCUCUCUGCAGAUUCUACUCUUUUCAAUUUAGAUUCUAUGUCUGUAUCGUUUUACCCUGUACCACAUCGAUGCACUGUGUAAUGAAUUGACCUGUACGAUCGGUGUGCGAGACAAGUUUUUCACUGUACCUCAGUCUAAGUGACAAU